AUAAGAAAACCCCAGGUCUCGCUUACUCCAUACACCAGUGUCCAUGCGUCGUCCCAACCAGUCCAGUCCAUCGUAUGGAAGCACAGGUACUAAUAAAAUGCCGUGUCUGGGCAUCUGGACACCAGCUCCUGCGUCCCGCAGAUGGGGAUGAGGGACGCGAAAGCGCGCAAUCUAGCCAGCCCUGCCGCUGACCUGAUGGAUGACUACACACUGGCGCCGGAGCGAUAAUGCAACGCAGGUAAUCAAUGCCAGACGAGGGAAAAGCAAAUAUUGCAACGGUUCGCAUGCACCCGGGGGCCCACCACAUCGGCCCGUCUGGUCUGUCGGGUCCCCCGUUGUUGUUUGACAGCAGAGGAAGACUGGCACACACGGGCGACGAUGGACGACAGAUAGGACACAACCUGGAAAUGUGUUUUGUUCAUCUCUCCCAGCCGCGCGGUUACUCGACACCCUCUCUCGGGCGCAUUGACCGAAUCUCGCGAGGUCUCAGCACAGACGACGCUCGCCGUCCGUGCAGCGCGGCGUCGCCUGUGGACUGUUGGGCAGGACCCAGGACUCGCCUUCUUCGCAUUGAUGCAGGCAGCCGGAAAGGGACCUUGUUCGAAUCUCCCACAGGUCCCCGCAAAGAACCUGAGUGCUGUGGGAGAGUUGCAGUGCGUCUGGUACCUGCAGAUCGCAUCACGUCACGGAUACGGCCCGGAAUUACAUACGAACCAGACGCAGCAAAGGGGAAUGUCCUGUAAUCUGUCGUUACCGUGUAAACCUUCUCAUGCUCUCGAAACCAGUCUGAUACGAGGAACAUUGCAUCAUUGCUUCCCCCCCUUCUC